AUGUCGUUGAAUGGCUUGGAUGAUGCUUCGGUUCAGGAAGCAUACCAGCAGGCGAACACCGAAGCGGGAGGAUGGCUGCUUCUCAAGUACAACUCGCGCGACUCGGUAGACCUCUUGGGGCGUGGCAAGGGAGGUGCGCCAGAUGCGCGUGCAGCCAUUGCGCGAUAUGAGGAUGCCUCGCCACUCUACGGUCUAAUUGUCUACCGGCGGAGAAAGGUCUUGAUUAAAUAUGUUCCCGAGGGCACGUCGCGGGUGUUGCUGGCGCGCACGGCGGUCCAUUGGCAGGAUAUCUUGGAGAAAUUUACACCUUACGAAACCGUCCUCGAGAUCAAAACCUCCGACGGCCUCAACGACACAUCCCUCGCAGCCUCGUUUCCGCUACACACCGCCUCGCCUUCUACGUCUUCCCACCGCUUGCACGAACGUCUACAGGAAAUCAGUGAGGAUGCAGAGGACAGCAGCUCGACCGUUCGUCCGUCCAUGACUUCUACAGCGUCCUCAAGCUCCAAUCUUCAUUCGCAACGCCAUCGCGUAGACAGGCGGGAACACAGGUUGCGCAACACGGACCGAUCGCCGCCUCCGACCAUCAACGUUGACGAAGCGCAGGCGAAACCCCCUUCAAACCUACCGCCUGCAAGCCCGCCACCAGCAGUGACUUCCCCCAAGAAGGCGCACAUCUCUCAAUUCCUUGUUCGGGACGAUUCUGGGCAGAGGUCGGUGACCUCGCUGUCUUCGGCGUCCACUGCGCCUACAAGCCAGUUCUCAAAUACCGACACACCCACAAUGGAUAAGCAACCGGCUGUAAAUGGGGAUGACGUCUCGGAUGGCGCCGCCUCGCAAUCUAUAGUAAGUAAGAUGGCAGCUCCGGCGACGCAACAGCCGUCCAGCGCAACAACGACGACCUCGUACCCACUUGCAGAGCGACAGCGGCAACUUCGAGGAGUAGAACUGUUGACCCAGAAGCCCCCUCCAGAGCCAGAGAUGCGCCCAGAGCUCAAGUCUGUGUCAAGCAAUCCUGGCAGGCCUAUAACACGGCAGGAGGUGUCUGCGCAGACUGCGGAAGAAACCUCCGGUAGCCUCAAGUUCGACGACGAUCCCUACGACUUCAGUAGAUUCGAUUUGAAGCCCAAAGUCCGGCUUGCACCACGCCCGGUCGCCGGAGACAAGGCGAAGCGACCCUCUAUGGCCGGCGUAGCUUCGGUCCCGGCCACAUACCGGCCUACCACGGCCAAGAAGCAGGAAUCAGUACGGCCCAAAUCGCAAGGACCGAUGAACGUACCCGUCCUCGCAGUUGCGCCACCUGUCCCUCCACCAAUACCUGAUAUGCCUGAGUACAAGCCGAGACCAGUCUCUCGCGGUAGCAUCAAGUCUUUGCCGUCACACAAAUCUUCUGCAAUGACUCCAGACAAGAUUCGCCUGAUGAAGGCUGUGGAGCUGCGAAAGAAGCAGAUGAGGAAGUCGAAUUCGCAGGUCGGCACUCUUGUGCAGCCGGCUGAUGAGGAUGUUCCGUCUGUGCCUAAGCUGCCUGAGUACGGAGGGCCUGGGAAGGAAGAGCCAGAGCAAAAGCCAGAGCGUGGAGUUAUGCGGGGGGAAGACGUGCAAGAGGAGGCGAAGGCACAGGAACAGGAGCAUCAUUCAGAAGACUUGAGCGCCGGUGAGCAGCAAGCUUCGGCAGCGAAGAAGGCUGACUCUGGUAUCUCCAUGGACUACGAGCAAGCGAAGCAAGGCGCUGACGAAGAAGCUGAUCAGGAUGUUGAAGAGCCAUAUACGCGGGAAGCGGAAGUCGAGCAGAACAACGAUGACGAGCCUGAGUCUUCGUCUGCUGAGACGCCGAAGGCCUCUGCGGUCGAUCCGGCGCUCGAUGAUCUACCAACUGGGCCACUAGAGCCUAAAGAGCGAGCUUCACGUCCGGGCAGCACCAACUUCGACCUGGAUACGGCUGGGGCCACCUCGACGAGUCAGCCUACUUCACCUGUGUCUGACACCGACCACGAUGGCAUGUCUCAAAGUUUGAACAGCCUUGGCGUCAUUUCGCCUUUCGAAGAUGAGGCUACGGUAGUUCCUACUAUUAUGAUGGGGGAUGGUACCAGGCCCGUCAGCUCCAUUGGAAGCGAAGAAGACAGGCAAUUCGAGCAGUCACAAGAUGAGAACGGCCACGACCACGCCGAAGUAAGCAGUGAAGACGAGGAUGACAUAACUGAACGACCUCCGCGUAAGAGCAACGACCUUGCGAAGCGGAGGCGUGGUUACGUGGAGCCUCUGCAGAUUGACCCUGAGGCUGAGUAUUCGUCCGACGACGAGCUCAUGCAGGAGCUGCAAAGUGCGACGGUGCAGGAGGCCACUCCGAUUGCCAUGGCCAAAUCGCCAAUGGCAGGCUACUUCCCACGUCGACCGAGUGGGAACUCCAUGGUAUCGGAAGUGUCGGUCAGAUCGACCAGCAUCAACCGAGCAUCCACACUGCCGACUGUGGAUUUCACUGAGAUGCAGGAUCGUCUGAGUCCGGACCCUGCGGAGCAUCCCUACGGUCCUUCACGGAACAUGUCGGCGGGUUCCAUCGAGCGGAUGGAUCCUCUGUCUGCUAUGAGGCGCAACGUGUCGAGUGGGAUCUCGAGGAGGAUACAGGCACUGGCCGAGAGGACGAGCCGAGAGACUAGCCCACACGGUAGCCCCUCCACCCGAUCGGUAUCUCCUGAGGUUAUGCGGGAGCAAAGCGACUCGCGCCGGAGUCCACCGCCGCACGCUGCGCGAGCGAGUUCAUUCCGCGCACUGCACAGGCAGAGCAGCCGUACGAGCUAUCACCAGAGUCAGCGUCCGAUGAGCAGUAUGCCGCAGCGGGAGAGCAACGCAAUCUGGAGCGUGCAGCAAGAUCCUUCAUCUGGUCGAAACUCGGUGUCGGUGUCUGCGCGCAUCGUUCGGCCCAUUCCAGUCGAGACUGCAGACGCAGACGAAGCGGAUGCUCAGCUGCAACAGCCUGAAGUGGCAGUAAACCACGAGCGCGAAGCAUCGAAGACUCCUCAGCUACACUCUUUGGACACCACCCAACAGCUACCACAGUCGCAAUCCGAGCCCACAGUCACAUCUCCAACAUCGCCACGAAGCCCGACAGAAACCCGUCAACUCCACUCCUCUAGCCGCUUCGGCCGACACAAGUCCACCCUCUCCACCCCCGGCCCCAGCGCCGACGACUUCCCUCCCCCACCUACCCACCACACGACCCCUCUAACAGUCGAACAACCUAGCAUCAAGGAAACCACACGCACCUCCCGCUUCUUCAAACGCAUGUCCACCAUCGGCGUCAGCAAGCGCAAAAGCGGCGUCCCGCAAUCCAUCGCCUCCUCCACCAGCCCGGUUAGCGAGCGCGGCAGCUUGAUUGGAGCUAGCAAUAUGCUGUCGAGCACCAGCACCGCCCAACAAAAACCCGAGACCCCUCCCGCCACUGUUCUAGGGGAUCUCAACAUCCAAUUCCCCGACUCUUUGGUAAGCCCCAUCUACCCUACACGAUACUUACCGAACCUCCACUGA